AUGGCACAGUCAGAUAGGCCCAUGUCGACCACUUCCUCUACAUCUUCUUCCCGCUUACGCGGCGCCCUACCUUCCGUGACGCACUCUCUCGCGAAACUUCCGGCCAUGUCUUCCCUCCCAAACGAUAUGCUUCAUUAUAAUUCCGCACCACACAGCAGGGAAAUGAUGGAGUACGCACUUCAGAAACGAAGUCAACAAGCAGGAACACAGCAGAGUUUCGCUGCACUCAGUGCCUAUGACAUGCGGCGGACGCCUAGCCCCUCGACAAACGAAGAUACACGUAUUACAGUGCGGAGACAGCAAAAUGGUCGGCAAACCAAAUCACGCGACCGCACCUGA